GCAGCGGCACCGGCUCCGUUCCCGCUCCCGUUGCCGGUCCCGCCGCAGCCAUGCCGGGCCGGGAGGCAGCGCUCCCCGCCUGCUUCGCGGGGCUGGGCACGGGCAGCCCGCGCCCGCGGCAGAAGCGCGGGGGGAUGUUCUGCAGCGUGGAGGACGCCUUCGACAACAAGACUCUGGACUUCGCCUCGCUCGGUGCCUCCGGACCCGGGACACCCUCGGCCAGGACCCGCCGCGACCUCGACCCCGGCCCCGGCCCCGGCCCCGCCGCGCCGGCCCCGGCGGAGCUGCCCGCCCGCUGCCCGCAGAGUGACCAACUUCUGAUCAAAGGAGGAAAAAUUGUCAACGAUGAUCAGUCAUUUUAUGCUGACAUCUAUGUGGAAGAUGGCUUAAUAAAACAGAUUGGGGAAAACCUGAUGGUUCCUGGUGAUGUGAAGACCAUCGAUGCCUAUGGCCAGCUGGUGCUGCCGGGGGGGAUAGACGUGCACACCCGGCUGCAGACACCCGUCAUGGGGCUCACCCCUGCCGAUGACUUCUACCAAGGGACGCGAGCGGCCCUGGCAGGAGGCACCACGAUGAUCAUUGACCACGUCUGCCCGGACGCUGGGACCGGCCUCGUGGCUGCCUACGAGCGGUGGCGCGGGAGCGCGGGGAGCCAGGCCUGCUGCGACUACUCGGUGCACAUGGACAUCCCGCGCUGGCACGAGAGCCUGCGCGAGGAGCUGGAGGCGCUCGUGAAGGACAAGGGUGUGAACUCCUUCCUGGUGUUUAUGGCCUACAAAGACAAACUUCAGUGCACCGAUGCCCAGAUGUACGAGAUAUUCUGCAUUAUCCGGGACCUGGGGGCCAUUGCCCAAGUGCACGCUGAAAACGGAGACAUCAUCGAUGAGGAGCAGAAGAGGCUGCUGGAACUGGGGAUCACGGGGCCGGAAGGGCACGUCCUCAGCCGCCCCGAGGAGGUGGAAGCGGAGGCAGUGUACCGGGCCAUUACCAUCGCCAAACAGGCCAACUGCCCCUUGUACGUCACCAAAGUCAUGAGCAAAGGGGCAGCGGAUGUCUUGGCUCAAGCAAAGAGGAAAGGCACGGUUGUCUAUGGAGAGCCCAUCACCGCCAGCCUGGGCACCGACGGCUCACACUACUGGAGUAAAAACUGGGCCAAAGCCGCAGCCUUUGUCACGUCUCCCCCCAUCAGCCCUGACCCCAGCACACCGGAGCAUCUCUCCUCACUCCUGUCCUGCGGGGACCUGCAGGUGGCCGGCAGCGCUCACUGCACCUUCAGCACUGCGCAGAAGGCUGUGGGGAAGGACAACUUCACCCUCAUCCCCGAGGGCACCAACGGCGUCGAGGAGCGGAUGUCCAUCAUCUGGGAGAAGUGUGUGGUCUCGGGGAAGAUGGACGAGAACGGGUUUGUAGCGGUGACCAGUACCAAUGCUGCCAAGAUCUUCAACUGCUACCCCCGGAAGGGGCGCAUCGCCCUGGGCGCUGACGCGGACUUGGUGCUGUGGAACCCCAAGGCCACGAGGAUCAUCUCAGCAAAAACCCACAACCUGAACGUGGAGUACAACAUAUUUGAAGGCACAGAGUGCCAUGGGGCUCCUACCGUGGUCAUAAGUCAGGGCAGAGUUGUUCUUGAGGAUGGGAACCUGUGUGUCACGCAGGGCUCAGGCCGCUUCAUCCCCAGAAAGACGUUCCCUGAUUUUGUUUAUAAAAGGAUAAAGGCAAGGAACAGGUUGGCUGAGAUCCACGGCGUCCCGCGCGGGCUCUAUGAUGGGCCGGUCCAUGAGGUCCUCACCAGCACCAGAGCCGUGGCCCCCACGUCAGCAGCCAGGAUGACACCGUGUGCGGGCAAAGCCCCAGCCCCUGCCGUGCGCAACCUGCACCAGUCGGGGUUCAGCCUCUCAGGGUCGCAGGCUGACGACCACAUCGCGCGCCGCACGGCUCAGAAGAUCAUGGCCCCGCCGGGGGGACGCUCCAACAUCACCUCCCUGUCCUGACGGGUGCUGGGGCCGCGCUCUCCCCCCCGUGCCACCACGCUGGGCGC